AUGCCUUGUUUCAAGGGUCUCGCCGUGAGCAUCCAUACGCCUGAUGGGCCGAUUUCAGAGUAUUCGAUUCAACGCCAGUCCCGAGCUUCGCGGAUAGCUUGUUUCAUCCCCGUCCCGCCGCCCAAACUUCCCGAAUCGGGGACCGGCAAGGCGGAACAAUCAACCUUUGCUAUUUCAAUCACUCUCCUCAACCCAAGUCAAGAUGUCCCCUACUCGACGCCAAAGCCGACUGCAGAUGAGCCCUCACCGAAACCAAAGGUCGUCGGCGGGUUGCCCGGUCAGACCGGUGACCGUGGUCAAUACUCCGGAGCGGUCGCGCCUUACCAGGCUCUGACGAACUCGCAGAACGAAACUGUCGCUGCAUACAUCUACUUUGACGGAAGGCAAAAAGAAGAAGUGGCUACACUACUGCGAAGGGGCGAGGAGACCUGGGUCAACUCGCGUUGGGUAAGCGUGCCGGAGACCGAAGGCGGGGGCAUUGCCGAGCGUGAAUUUCUGUUUCGCGAGGUUGGUCUCGAGCGCUGGUUGAAUGGACUGGAUUUGGAAGGUAAGGAUGCGGCAGCCAAGAUCGAACGGCGCCGGCAAAAGAUGGAGAAGCGACGCAUAAAGCGCGAGGCAGAGGAGGGUGGGUCCGCCAUGGAAAUGGAGGCCAACCACCCUACCAAGGCCAAGAGCAUUAUGCGAUACGGAAACGACGAGAAGUCGCCUCUUGAGGAUGUUUCGGACGAUGAUUUAUCUUCUGAUUCUGACGACGACGACCCUAUUCCGGAGACUGCGGGACAGAUCAAGGUUGCUUUGUUCCGAGUCCUGGCUUCAGGAGAGAUCAAGCGCGGAGAGUACUCGCCUCAGUUUGAUGCGCAUGACGACGAGGAGGGUGGUGGAGAGAACAAUGGCGGUGGAGAUGCCGAUAUUGACCACACCACGAGUUUCGCCAAACCGAAAACACUCGACCCUAAGACCAUCAGCACGCAGACAGUCACUGGCAUUGACCCGACUGAUAAGCCCUAUGCCAUUUUCACUUUCAUGUACCGAGGCGAACGUCAAUUGCAAAAGAUGGGCAUCUUGAGAGAUUGCAAGGCACCAGAGACGCCUGCUGCUACAAAGCGCAAGUCACUACAAGCCGAUCUUGCAAAUCUUGGACCUAUCAAGGCUGGUGGAUCUGUCGGAUUCCUUAAUUUCCGCGAAGAAGCCAAGCCCCGCAAGGGCAAGAAGAAUGUAGAUGACAUGGAUAGCGAUGAUGACGAUACGGAUAAUCCUAUUCUUGGAAAGGCGGAUGAAGAAGAGUCCAAGGAUGAUGACCGUUUCUUGUCUCCGGAUGAUAUCAAACGCCAGGGAGAAUUGGCAGAGAGCAUGCGAAAGAUUCGGCUCAAGCGUCAACAUUCCGCCGAACCACCUGGAGGCAGUGUCGGAGAUUCUACAGAUACCCCAGCUUCUGGAUCCGGAUCUACGCCUCCAGCUGACCGCUCCACAACACCACCCAAGGGGGCCGCUGCAGCGUCAGUGUCUUCCGACUCUCAACCCGCCGCGGAACUGUCCGAUGGCCUUUUUGGCAGUCCAUUGAAGAAGCAACGUGCCAGUGUCUCGACAGCAGACGAGAACGCUCUGCGACGUCGAAUCGCCGAGUCCUCUGGUCGAAUCAACGAAGUUCUGGGGUCUUCGGCACCUGAGGCAAAGUCAACCUCCACCGCAACAUUCGGGGAUAGUCUCAGUCACGCCUGA